AUGAAGUAUUGCAAUGUACCCGAAAGACGAGGUUCAAACGAUAUUUGUUCGUUUUUUGCAAUAAUUUUUUUUCAAGCUAAAUUACAAAAUGACGAUACUGAGCAAUUUUCAUCUUCGUUUUCAGUUCCGCCUCACAUAAUUGACACUGAAAGUACCCAGUUCACCGUGGCUGUGAGAGAGAACCAAAACAUCAGCCUAACAUGCAAGGCUGACGGUUUUCCGAUUCCCAAGAUCAUCUGGAGGAGGGAGGAUGGACAAGCCAUCAACGUCGAAAGGCAGAAGAAAGUUUCACCGAUGAUAUACGUGCCCAACCAACUGGUGGGCGCCCCGUUGGGCACUGACGUCACAGUCCACUGUCACGCCGAGGCCAACCCUAGAGCGAUCAGCUAUUGGAUGUACAACGGCGUUAUGCUGCUGCCCUCCAAGAAGUACGCCACUGAGAUGAUCGAGAACAGCUACAGGACGCACAUGAAGCUGACGGUCAGGGAUUUGCAGGAAGCUGACUUCGGCAAUUAUCGGUGCAUUUCGAAGAAUUCGCUCGGAGAGACAGAGGGAUCUAUACGACUAUACGGUAACGUCUUUUCGGAAGUUCGGUUUAUAUUUGUUUAG